GUCAUUUCGUCAUUCCACUUCUCUCUCUCUCUCUCAUAUAUCUCUCUGUCUGGUUCUCUGUCUGUCUUUCUUUCUUCGCCGCCUCGUCAAGUCUCGUUUCCUCAGUAGCCGGCUCCGAAAGCCCUAACCCAUGCCCAGUUCCUCAGUCUCUGCGCCGACGAACUGACCAAAUCUAUUCGAAUUUCAAGGAUGAUUUGCUUCCAUGAUGCUGUUGUGAAGAAAACAAUUUGUCUUGUCUGCACCUGUUGCAACUGAUCAGUGGAAGUCUGGUUUAAAUUAUCUUUUAGGAGAUGGAUCGGCGAGAUACGUCAGGAUUUGUUAGCGGUGGUGGGAUGUGCUCUUUUAGAGACAUCUAACCUUUAGUUUUUGUGUAUAAUUUUCUUCAGCCCGGAAGUCAGGCAGACUGUUCUAUUGGAAUUUAGUUUAGGUUUGUACAUAGCUAUUGCAUUAAGGUAUAACUUAAUGGGUGACAGGUUCCAGAACUUGGGUUUUGCUUCUAAUUAUUCUUCAAAUGCGUUCAAGAUUUUGGGGAAUUCAAUGCAAGUUGGGGGUCCUGGAGUUGAAUAUUGCACAGAUACUACUUUACGGCUUAACUCCCCUAGUUCUUCAGUCCCUUUGUUGUCAAGCUCAAAGGGAACUAAACGAAAGUGGAGUUUGAUUGAUUCAUUUAUGGGCCAGCAAGUUGGGCUUGGGCUUGGGCUUGGGCGUUCAUCAAGUUCCUCAGACAGCAAGGGGAGUUCAGCAACUGCUUGCACUACAAUGUCUUCAGCCAAAGAAACUGAUGAGGAGUCCUCGAUGGAUCUGGAAUUGGACUUCACAUUGCAUCUUGGCAGUGACAAGGUGCCUAGUCCAAAGAAACAUGGUACUUCAAGUCUGAAAGUAGUGGAAUUGCAGCCCAAGGUUGAUUUGGAGUUGAGCCUCUCAACUGGGCCCUCUGAAUCUGAUAUCACCAAUAUCCAUCGUAGUUCCACAUCAGUUCAAUCUGGAAUGGAGAUGCCACAAUCAGUUGGUGGGGCCCAAAGUGCAGAUGAAGGUUCAACUUCAUGUCGCUGGAAACCAGGUAUUGUUCUGCGACCAUUGCAGACCUCACCAAGCCCAGGGAAUAGCUUCCUUUCCAAACAGGUGCCAGAAAGUAUUGAUGCAGCUCCCAUUUUUCCAGACCUUUCAUCUAGUGUAAUAACAACACCAAAAAGCUCAGUCACCUGUACUUCCGGGAUAACAAAGCAGCAACGGACGACACAGCAUCGCAUCACUAUUUCGAAGACAUGUCAGAUUGAAGGAUGUGGUAAGGGAGCUAGAGGUGCUUCUGGCCGCUGCAUAUCUCAUGGUGGUGGUCGUAGGUGCCAGAAACCAGGUUGCCACAAGGGUGCCGAGGGCCGGACUGUGUACUGCAAAGCCCAUGGAGGUGGUCGUCGAUGUGAAUUCCUUGGGUGCACAAAAAGUGCAGAAGGACGAACAGAUUUCUGCAUUGCUCAUGGUGGUGGUCGGAGAUGCAGUCAUGAAGGUUGCACUCGAGCUGCCAGAGGAAAAUCAGGGUUGUGUAUCAGGCAUGGUGGUGGCAAGAGAUGUCAAAGAGAAAACUGCACAAAGAGUGCAGAAGGCCUCUCAGGCCUUUGUAUUUCACAUGGAGGUGGUCGCCGUUGCCAAGCUUCAGGAUGCACAAAAGGGGCGCAAGGGAGCACAAUGUUCUGCAAGGCACAUGGUGGUGGAAAACGAUGUACUGCUACAGGGUGCACCAAGGGAGCUGAAGGGAGUACACCUUUCUGCAAGGGCCAUGGAGGGGGGAAAAGAUGUGCAUUCCAAGGUGGUGGGGUUUGUACAAAGAGUGUUCAUGGAGGUACCAACUUCUGUGUGGCACAUGGGGGAGGAAAGAGAUGUGCCAUGCCUGAGUGCACUAAAAGUGCUAGGGGACGGACUGACUACUGUGUACGUCAUGGUGGGGGCAAGCGAUGCAAGUUUGAAGGUUGUGGCAAGAGUGCACAAGGCAGCACUGAUUUUUGCAAGGCACAUGGUGGAGGAAAGAAGUGUUCUUGGGGCCAUCCAGGAUCAGAAUAUGGCAACCAACCUAGCGGUCCUUGUCACUCAUUUGCAAGGGGAAAAACAGGUCUUUGUGCACUACACAGUGGUUUGGUGCAGGAUAAGAGGGUUCAUGGAGGCAUUACCAUAGGACCUUUGGUUCAGGACCCUGUAUUUGGGAAACCAGAGAUAAUGAAAGAGGUGGUUGUUGCUGAGGACAUGAAUGUUGAUGUAAUGAAAAUGGGAAGUAGCAUAGAGAAAUCAGUAGGUGGAACCUGUAUUGAUUUGAAACAGUUUGGUCCCUUCAGUGGUAGUUUCUCGGUUGGGGAAGGUAGGGUGCAUGGGGGAAGUCACUUUAUCAAAGUUGGUUCUGUUCUCGGCACAAGCAACAGCCACAACCAGUGUGUUAUUGGUGAUAUGUCUGAGCCAAUGAAAUCAUUCAUAGUGCCUCAGAACUGGAUGUAAGUAGACCGCUUCACUCCCUUUGUUUAUUGCUAUCAGUAGUUUGGCAGAGUUUCCAAAGUUUCUUCACUAUGUCUGUGUCAUUUGGUAUUGGGUUUGUUUGGUGCUUUCUUAUCUUCAGAAAGUUCUCUCAUUUCAUUGGUUUCUGAUGGAGAGAGAACCCAUAAGUGCUUUCACAUCCUUAUGUAACAUCUGGGCAAUCAAGAGUAGGAUCUUAUAUAGUUUAGGCAUUUAAGUUGGGUCUUUCAGUGUUCUUUCCUGUAAAUAUAUUUAUAUAUUUUUUUCCUUUUUAAUUUUGUAAAAGUCCAGUAGUUUGUUGUGAACACAGGUUAUACCACCUGUUAAGGUCGUUCAGUCUGUCAGACAUUCUGGCUAUAAUAAAGCCUUUUACUUGGGGGUACUAUUUUGCUUU